AGGGUGAUCUCUUGUGAGACAGUUGAAAAAAUAAAAAAGAAAGGGUGAAAGGAUUUUGACUAGAAUCCUUUUUACAUUUGCUUCCGAGAAAUUGAGCCCUUUUCAUUCGACCAAGAGUUUGCUGCAAUUCUGUAUACGGUUAGUCUUCAACAGAAUACUUUAAAGAGCGUUUAUAGUGGUUUCUUUUGAAAUUAAAUUUAUCGACUUGAGCGCUAUUUUUCAAGACACGACAUUUUAAUUAAUUUUGUAGUUUUUUUUUCUGUUACACUGUCGUUUCUUUUGGAAAUCUCCAUUCAUUUUACGACAUCUAUAUUCCCGCAAUUUACAGGAAAGCUUGUAUCUAGUAUUUAUUUAUAACCAACAUACUUUUAUUCUCUUUGUCUGGCUUUCAGGCUGUGCAUUUCUUUCUUAUCAAGAUAGGUGAUUAAUUAGCACCCAAAGAAAUUUUUAUUUGCUGUACGCUGUUUUCUCUCGUUUAAUUGCUCUUCUAUUCCCCUUCUUUCUCUGCGAUCAUAAAGAUCAUUGUGGCCUUUGAAAGGUAAUCAUAUAUUUUUUGUUGCUACAAAUCAGUUUGUGUAGUUUGUUCCUGCCCCCUUUCGAUUUUGGGUCUCGUCACUUUGCAAACAAGUGAAGAUUUAAACAAACCGAUUUUGCAUUGAAAGAGUCUCUCUUUUUCUUAUUCACUUUUAUAAUUUUGUGGAUAAAUUUUGUGUUGGAAGUUGUUAACAAUUUUUAAUUCAGUCCUUACUUUUUAAAGUUUCUUUAGUUAAAAAGAAACUAGCAUGUACGACGAUCUACCAAGAGGCAAUCAGCCUCCCGCGAAUGUUAAUGAUAUUGGAACUAUGUAUAAUUCGCGGGACACCAGUGCCUCGUCUUUUACGAACCUAAAUGAUUCUUCUACUCGUCUUUUACACAACGGUUCUAAUGCCAAUGUCAACAGCGGCGCGAUGGCCGCUGGGGUUGGCGGUAGAAGAGCUAGUGGUUAUUCUCGCCCGAGUCCCCAAACAUAUAAUAGGUACCCUAAUGGGGAUGCGAGUAAUAGCUCUGGUAUGUAUUCGACUUCACCUCCUCAAAACAAUAGUCUCGCGGAUGACAUUGAAAACAUCAACCGCUUAGAAGCUGUCGCUUUUGCCGGCCCUACUGCUGGAGAUCAUGAUUUUGCUCUGAGUAAAGAAGACAAGGAGAUUGAUGACUUUUUGCACUAUCCUUUACCUGCCAAAGAUGCUAAGCGAUUAAGCUAUUUCGUCGGUGGGGAAGGUUUCAUGCAAUUGCUUUUCCUUGCCUUUCUUAUCUCAGGUACCGGUAUGCUCUUCAUUGGCUUGCCAAUUCUCACUUACACUGGACAUAACGCUCUCGCAAGUACUUCCGAUAAUGGUAUUACCAAUCAUAAGUUUAGGAGUUUAAGCAUUCUUCGUUCAAAGUCCCUUAUUGAUUCUGAGACGCCUCAGGAAGCUUAUAAAAAAACUGUUCCCCAUCUUGGCACUUUAGAUUUGGUCUUUUCGGAUGAGUUUAACAAACCUGGCCGUACAUUUUAUGACGGUGAUGAUCAAUUUUGGGAAGCUACGGAUUUGCAUUAUGCCGCUACUAGUGAUUAUGAAUACUAUGACGCUGACACUCCUACUACAGCUAAUGGUACCCUUAGACUUCGAAUGGAUGCAUUUUUCAAUCACAAUUUGAAUUUCAGGAGUGGUAUGAUUACAAGUUGGAAUAAGUUGUGCUUCAAAGGUGGAAGAAUUGAGGUUUCCGCUUCAUUGGGUGGCAAGCCGGGAAUUCCUGGUCUAUGGCCUGGUAUUUGGACAAUUGGAAAUUUAGUUCGUCCUGGUUAUUUAGCUACUUCCGAUGGUGUUUGGCCUUAUGCUUAUGACAGCUGUGAUGCUGGUAUCACUCCUAAUCAAUCUGAUCCUAGUGGAAUAUCGUUCCUUGGCGGACAGAGACUUCCCAAGUGUACAUGCGAUGGUGAGCCCCACCCGAGUCCUGGAAAAGGUCGUGGUGCACCAGAAAUUGACUGUCUAGAAGGAACUUUUGGUAGUGGAAUUCCUUAUAAUGGAUCUAUCAAUAUGGAGAGCAUGCCUGUCGCUUCUCAAUCUCUUCAAACCGCUCCUUACGACAUGUUUUACUUCCCCAAUUACGACUAUGUUGUUGUUUAUAACCAAAGUAUUUCAGCAGUAAACGGUUGGACUGGUGGUGUAUAUCAGCAAGCUUUGUCUGUCGCUACGCAGUUGAAUAAUACCUGGUUGAGUAACAGAGCAUAUCAAACAUAUGGAUUUGAUUAUCAGCCUGGUUAUGGACCCGAUUCUUUUAUUUCAUGGUUCGUUGGUGAUAAUUAUACAUGGACAAUGUACCAACCUGCCAUUGGAGCUAAUGGAAACGUUGGACCUCGUGGUGUAAGUGAAGAACCUCUAAUUAUCAUUCUGAAUAUGGGUAUUUCACCUACAUGGGUUUACUUUUACUGGUACGAAUUGAGUUUUCCUGAAACGCAGUACAUCGACUACGUACGUAUUUAUCAAGAUACAUCGAAGAAUUCGAACCAUGAGCUUGGCUGUGAUCCUAAAGGUUUCCCAACAACUGAGUAUAUUGCGCAACAUCCCAAGGCCUAUAAAAACUACAAUGCUACUAGUUGGGAGAUGGCUGGUUAUAGUCGUCCUAAAAACAAAUUGAUGGAUGGAUGUUAAACUUUCAAAUACGUAUGAUAUCAUGAAUUGGGUUCCAAUUGACUGUACCUUUAUUUCGUUCUUUUUUUCAAUUGGCAUUAGUAUUCAUUUUACUCGAUUCCUCUCUUUUUUUUCUUUUAUAAGAUUUCUUUUAUUUGUUGCAUAUCAUGAAGCUUAUGUAAUUUUGAUUACAUUAAAAAUUCAAAAGUUUUGUUCUUCCUAAUGUUUUAUUUUUAGUCAAUACAAUAUCAAGAAAAUUAAAGAAAGCCCAUAA